ACACACACACACACAAGCGCGUUAACAUUGGAAUCUAUCUAUACGGAAAAGAGGAGGUUGAGAUUGCAAGAGAAGGUCGAAGGAAUCCAUCAGCAACAACAUCUGGAGAAGGAUAACAACAAAGGCUUGAAGGAUGUCUGCGGAACGAGAGAUUCCCGCUGAGGAUAGCAUUAAAGUUGUCUGUCGUUUUCGACCCUUGAAUGACAGCGAGGAGAAGGCCGGGUCAAAAUUUGUUGUCAAAUUUCCAAAUAAUCCGGAUGAGAACUGCAUAUCCAUAGCGGGUAAAGUCUAUCUAUUUGACAAAGUUUUCAAGCCGAAUGCCUCCCAAGAGAAGGUCUACAAUGAGGCGGCCAAAUCGAUCGUUUCCGAUGUCCUGGCUGGUUACAAUGGAACGAUAUUCGCCUAUGGUCAGACAUCGUCCGGUAAAACGCACACGAUGGAGGGCGUUAUUGGAGAUUCGGUUAAGCAGGGCAUAAUACCACGUAUAGUCAAUGAUAUCUUCAAUCACAUCUAUGCAAUGGAAGUGAAUUUGGAAUUUCAUAUAAAAGUCUCAUACUAUGAGAUCUAUAUGGAUAAGAUUAGAGAUCUGUUGGAUGUCUCCAAGGUGAAUUUGAGUGUGCAUGAGGAUAAGAAUCGAGUGCCUUAUGUGAAAGGUGCAACCGAGCGAUUUGUCUCAUCACCCGAAGAUGUUUUCGAGGUUAUCGAGGAGGGUAAAUCCAAUCGGCAUAUUGCAGUGACAAACAUGAACGAGCACUCUUCGCGUUCCCAUUCAGUAUUCCUUAUUAAUGUGAAACAGGAAAAUCUGGAGAAUCAAAAGAAACUAUCGGGUAAAUUAUAUCUGGUAGAUUUGGCUGGUUCGGAGAAGGUUUCCAAAACAGGAGCCGAGGGCACUGUCCUAGAUGAGGCGAAAAAUAUUAAUAAAUCGCUAUCGGCCUUGGGUAACGUCAUCUCGGCUCUGGCGGAUGGCAAUAAAACGCACAUACCCUACCGUGACUCAAAGCUCACACGUAUUCUGCAGGAAUCGUUGGGCGGCAAUGCACGCACAACCAUUGUCAUUUGCUGUUCUCCGGCCAGUUUCAAUGAGUCGGAGACGAAAUCCACCCUCGACUUUGGUCGACGCGCAAAGACUGUGAAGAAUGUCGUGUGUGUCAAUGAGGAGCUCACUGCCGAGGAGUGGAAGAGACGCUACGAAAAGGAGAAGGAGAAAAAUGGCAGACUCAAGGGCAAAGUGGAGAAACUGGAGGCAGAAUUGGCACGUUGGCGGGCCGGAGAGACGGUCAAGGCCGAGGAACAAAUUAAUAUGGAGGAUCUCAUGGAGGCAAGCACUCCCAAUCUGGAGGUGGAGGCCGCCCAACAGGCAGCAGCUACAGCAGCCGCAGCUGCGGCGGCCCAAAGAACAGCUUUGGCCAACAUGUCAGCCUCGGUGGCUGACAAUGAGCGAGCGCGUUUGGCUGCCGAAUGCGAGCGGCUUUACCAGCAACUGGAUGACAAGGAUGAGGAGAUCAAUCAGCAAAGUCAAUAUGCUGAACAGCUUAAGGAGCAGGUGAUGGAGCAAGAGGAACUCAUCGCCAAUGCCCGACGUGAAUAUGAAGCUUUGCAAUCGGAGAUGGCACGCAUCCAACAGGAGAAUGAAUCGGCCAAGGAGGAGGUUAAGGAAGUUCUGCAGGCCCUUGAAGAGCUGGCUGUCAACUAUGACCAAAAAUCACAGGAGAUAGACAAUAAGAACAAGGAUAUCGAUGCCCUCAACGAGGAGCUGCAGCAAAAGCAAACGAGCUUCAAUACAACUUCCACCGAGCUGCAACAACUCAAGGAUAUGUCUUCGCAUCAGAAGAAACGCAUCACCGAGAUGUUAACGAAUCUUCUGCGCGACUUGGGCGAAGUGGGCCAGGCGAUUGCCCCCAAUGAUUCGGCCAUUGACCUCAAAAUGAGCGCCUUGGCUGGCACGGAUGCCAGCAAAGUGGAAGAAGACUUCACCAUGGCUCGCCUCUACAUAAGCAAGAUGAAAACGGAGGCCAAAAAUAUGGCUCAACGUUGCUCUAAUAUGGAAAGUCAGCAAAUGGAUUCCAACAAAAAGAUUUCCGAGUAUGAGAAGGAUUUGGGUGAAUAUCGUUUGCUCAUCUCACAGCAUGAGGCUCGCAUGAAAUCUCUCCAAGAAUCGAUGCGAGAGGCGGAGAACAAGAAACGCACUCUGGAGGAGCAAAUUGACUCGCUGCGCGAGGAAUGCGCCAAACUCAAGGCUGCCGAGCAUGUAUCGGCCGUGAAUGCCGAAGAGAAACAACGUGCUGAAGAGCUGCGCUCCAUGUUCGAUUCUCAAAUGGAUGAGCUGCGUGAAGUGCACACCAAACAGGUGUCCGAGCUGCGUGAUGAGAUUACCGCCAAGCAGCAUGAGAUGAACGAAAUGAAGGAUGUCCAUCAGAAGUUGCUGCUGGCCCAUCAACAGAUGUCCGUGGACUAUGAGAAACUCAAGCAAGAGGAGGCUGAAAAGUCCACAGAUCUUCAGAAUAUUAUCCUCAUCAAUGAGCGACGAGAACAGGCACGUAAGGACCUCAAGGGUUUGGAGGAUACAGUGGCCAAGGAGUUGCAGACGCUGCAUAAUCUGCGCAAGCUUUUCGUUCAGGAUCUUCAGCAACGUAUUCGCAAAAAUGUUGUCAAUGAGGAAAGUGAAGAGGAUGGCGGUUCAUUGGCACAGAAACAAAAGAUCUCCUUCCUGGAAAACAAUCUCGAUCAGUUGACCAAGGUCCACAAGCAAUUGGUGCGUGAUAAUGCCGAUUUGCGUUGCGAGCUGCCCAAGUUGGAGAAACGUUUACGCACCACCAUGGAGCGUGUCAAGGCUUUGGAGACGGCCCUCAAGGAGGCCAAGGAAGGUGCAAUGCGGGAUCGCAAACGAUACCAAUAUGAGGUGGAUCGCAUUAAGGAAGCGGUCCGACAAAAGCAUUUGGGCAGAAGGGGUCCACAGGCUCAAAUAGCCAAACCCAUACGGGCGGGUCAAGGAGCCAUUGCCAUUCGUGGUGGUGGUGGUGCUGUCGGUGGUACCUCUAGUUCACCCUUAGCCCAGACCCAAGCCUAAAGCCUAAGUUGUUGCCGCCGCCGCCGCCCAGUUUAAGCUCUGCUUUAAUUCUGUCUAAAACUCCCCCAAACAACAUCCCCCAACAAGAAAAAUCAUAAAACUUGAAAGAAAACAAAAAAACUAAUUAUAAAUGUAAUUGCAAUUGCCUUCGCUUAAAGAUCAUGUGCAGCGCUUUAAAUACGAUCUAUAUAUACAUAUAUAUAUAUAUAUAUACAUAAACUAAUUUAAAUGAAUAUGAGAGGAAAAAGGAAAUUAACUAAAUUUUACAACAGAAAUGAAAAAAAAACUAUAAAAAAAAACGUAUAAAAAAGAAAACAGAAGCAAAACCCCCACAGAUAUUUAAGGACAUCUAAUUAAAUGUUUAAGCAUAUUUAUAAACUUUUCAAGCAUCAAAAAGAAACAAAAUCUAAAUAAAUCGUCGCAGACAUUUCAAAUAGA